AUGGUGCUCACAGAUCUCGGAGCGAGGCUCCAUGGAGCCUUGAAUCAGCUCUCUAGAGCGUCCGUAGUAGACGAUAAGGUGAUCGAUGCUCUCCUCAAGGAGCUUUGCUCGGCACUUCUCGAGUCGGACGUGAAUGUAAAGCUAGUGUCGUCCUUGCGGACCAAAGUCAAGAAUAAGGUCAAGCGGAACUUGGAAGAAGCAGAGAAAGCAGGCGGGAAGGAAGUGAACAAGAAGAACGUCGUGCAGAAGGCGGUCUUCGACGAGCUGGUCGCUUUGGUCGACCCUGGGAUCGAGCCAUACAAGCCAACCAAGGGGAAGGUCAAUGUGCUUAUGGCUGUCGGUAUACAGGGAGCAGGAAAGACGACAACCUGUACCAAGCUGGCGGUACAUUACCAACGGAGAGGAUUUAGGACAUGUCUGGUCUGCGCGGAUACGUUCCGUGCGGGUGCUUUCGAUCAGCUCAAACAGAACGCUACUCGGGCAAAGAUCCCCUUCUACGGAUCAUAUACCGAGACCGACCCCGUAGCAAUCGCUUCGCUGGGUGUAGAGAAGUUCCGGAAAGAACGCUUCGAUGUGAUCAUCGUGGAUACUUCCGGCCGGCAUAAGCAAGAAUCGGAGCUGUUUGAGGAGAUGGUAGCGAUCUCCUCAGCUGUCAAGCCAGAUAUGACCAUCAUGGUUCUCGACGCGUCAAUAGGUCAAGCGGCAGAAGGGCAGUCCCGGGCAUUCAAGGACUCAGCGGACUUUGGUGCUAUCAUCGUCACCAAGCUGGACGGGCACGCGAAGGGUGGUGGAGCUAUCUCUGCCGUUGCUGCGACGAGAACACCUAUCAUCUUCCUCGGUACCGGUGAACACUUGAACGAUCUGGAACGCUUUGCGCCGCAGCCUUUCAUCUCGAAGUUGUUGGGUAUGGGUGACAUGCAGGGUCUUGUGGAGCAUAUGCAAGACAUGGCCAUGGCCAACCCAGAUAGACAAAAAGAUCUCGCCAAGAACCUUCAAGCUGGGAAGUUCAGUAUCCGGGAUUGGAGAGAGCAAUUGUCCAAUAUCAUGGGAAUGGGAUCUCUGUCCAAGAUUGCUUCGAUGAUACCAGGAAUGCCAGCUGGGAUGAUGGAUGGAAACGAGGAGGAUACGUCGGCCAAGCUGAAGCGGAUGAUCUUCAUCACGGAUGCGAUGAGGGCGGAUGAGCUCGAUUCGGAUGGACUUAUCUUUGUGUCAUACGAUAAAUCUGGUCAACCCAUUGGUCUUAACAAGCGGGCAAAGCGAGUAGCACGAGGAAGCGGGACGAGCGUGAGGGAGGUGGAGGAGCUGUUGGCGCAGGCGAGGAUGAUGUCGGGUAUGGCCAAGUCUGUUGGUGGACAGAACGGACUGAUGAGCGGGAUGCAAAAAAUGCAGGCUGCGAUGGGCGGGAAACCACUAGGGCCGAACGGCCAGCCCAGUCCGGCUCAAAUACAGGCUAUGCAGAAAGCCAUGCCACCAGAGAUGCUACGCAAGCUUCGUGCGGCCGGCCCACAAGGCGCUCAGAAGAUGAUGCAGGAUAUGAUGGGCGGAAUGGGCGGUGGAAUGCCCGGUAUGCCCGAUAUGGGCGCAGGUGGUCACGGCGGUGGAGCAGCACCAGGAGGAAUGGACUUUGGAGCGAUGAUGAGGGGGAUGAUGGGUGGUGGUGGGCCUGGAGGGGGUGGGAUGCCUGAUAUGGCACAGAUGCAGGAGGCGAUGAAGGGUAUGGGGAUGGGCGGAGCGGGAGGAGGCGGGAUGCCGGAUAUGAGCUCGUUGAUGAAGAUGAUGGGGAGGGGAUAG